AUGGACCAAAAAAGCGAUGGAGUUGGAAUCAAAAUCUAUAACAAUGCAGUCUACGGGGACCCGCACGACGACGAGUCCGCCAAGUCACCACCAAAGCCGCCGCCAACUUCUUCUUCAUCUCACCCUCUGCCUUUGCUCCGACUGAACCCGGACCACUUACACGGCCGCAAACGCCGUGCCGUUGCCAAAGGGGUCCAGAAAACCCUAUCCAAGACCUCAAUGCUGGCCAACUUUCUCCCCACAGGCACUCUCUUAACCUUUGAAAUGGUGCUCCCCGCUAUCUACAGAACCGGAGAGUGCACGGGCGUCACCACUAUGAUGACACUCGUGCUCCUUGGCAUGUGCACCCUCUCAUGCUUCUUCUUCCACUUCACGGACAGUUUCCGUGGGCCUGACGGGAAGUUGUACUACGGAUUCGUGACGCCGAAAGGACUAGCGGUAUUUAAACCGGGCCUGGGGGUGGAGGUGCCGAAGGAGGAGAGGUACAAAUUGGGGCUGUCAGACUUCGUUCACGCCAUUAUGUCUGUCAUGGUGUUUGUGGCGAUCGCAUUUUCGGACCGGCGCGUGACGGACUGUUUGUUUCCGGGGCACGAGAAGGAUAUGGAUGAAGUUAUGGAGAGUUUCCCGUUGAUGGUGGGGAUCGUGUGCAGUGGCUUGUUUCUUGUGUUUCCGAGUACUCGCUACGGGAUUGGCUGCAUGGCUGCGUGAAUGAAGCAUGCAGACGCGUAAUUCAAGAUACAAUUUAUUUGUUUUAUUAAUUAAUGAUGUUUGUGUUUCUGUAAGUUGUAUUAAUAUGUUUUAUUGUAUGUGUUUUUAUAUGUUAAUAUUGAUAUGUUGUAUCAUGCUUCACUUUGACAAUGAGUCUGUCUGAGUAAUAGUAUAUCAAGUUGCAAAUUUUAUGAUAUUUAUGUGUGUAUG